CUGUGAUAAACGUCGUUGGUGUGUUCAUUCAACUUUGAUUUAAAAUAGGUACUUAAUUAAAACUCAAAGCGUAUUUUAUUUUUUAGACAUGUUAGUUAAAGCAACACACAAAUAGAAGAUAUCCGCCAACCAUUUAAACCGAUAUAUCAUUUUGUUCCAGUCAGAAAUGUUAUUUAUUGAGUCCCAAUAUAAAUUGGAAUUCAUCUAUAACUUUUACUCAAAAUUUGUGUCUGAAAUAUUAGUGUACAUUAGGAAUUUCAUAUUGUACAUUGGUGUAUGGUUGGUGGGGUAUUUGUGUGUAUGUUGUGUGGUGUACCGCCGCUACGCAAGGAAAUUACCAACCCGAAUUCGUGGAGCUCUCGGUGCCAAGAGGGUGCUAUUGGUAAUUGCACACCCGGACGAUGAGUGCAUGUUCUUCGGUCCAACUAUCUUCAGAUUGUGCGAGCAAGGCGCUGAAGUUUACAUACUUUGCUUAUCCAAUGGAAACUAUGAAGGAAAAGGUAUUGAGAGAAGGAAAGAGUUAUGGGAGGCAUGCCAACAUCUUGGUGUACCGGACACAAAUAUUUGCCUCAUCACAGACUCACGAUUACCAGACACUCCGAAGGCACAAUGGCCUGUUCCAGUCAUAGCAAAGCUUAUAGAACACAAGUUGGAAUCUCUGGAUAUUGAUACUCUAGUCACAUUUGAUAGGGGCGGGAUCUCCUCACAUCCUAACCAUUCUGCAGUGUUUUAUGCUGUUGCUUAUAUGUUCGUUGAAAAGAACAUGCCUCAAAAGUGCACAGUAUACACACUGGAUUCUGUAAAUAUACUAAGAAAAUAUUUAGGGUUUCUAGACCUGCCGCUAAGUUUUGUACUAUCUUCAAAAAGGUAUUUCCUCCGUUGGACCGAAAGCCGUCGCGUGACGCGCGCUAUGAAACGCCACAGGAGUCAAAUGGUGUGGUUUAGGUAUUUAUAUGUAAUAUUUUCGAGGUAUAUGGUUAUAAAUACUCUUAGAAAAAUAAAUCUUGCGGACAUUGAGCUAGAAUUAGAGGUUGAUGACUAAUGAAUUAUUUGAGUGUUUAAGGCCAGUAAAUAACUUUUCAAGUUAUAAAUGAGUUAAGCUAACGACAUGAGGCUUGGGGUAAAAUUAUGAGUCAUUAUUCAAGUGUGGAUGGAAAAAUCCCUUUAUUUGUUUGAUAUCUCUAUUCUCUAUACAAAGAUUAACACAUAGAGAUUAACAUAUUAACUUAGUUGUCACUUGUCACGUUUUUUUACAUGAUCGCGUAGUUUUGUCAAUUGACUAUGUGAAGAUUAAAUCUAGGAGCAAAGCAAGUAAAGUGAGCAAACCUGUUCGAAUUUGGUUUUGUAAAUAGUGUAGGAGUUAUAAAUACUUAUUGCCAGUCUGCUACCAAAUAAUUGUACAAAAACUAAAUUAUUGUCAUUAAAAAUUAGGCUGUAAACAGACUAUUACUUGAUACUAUUGGGAAAACGGCAGCUCAAGCAUAAAGCUUGCAACACAACCUCGACAAGCCUGAGAAUGUUCUGGAACGCGGCUCUGUUGCUAAUCUGUUGUAUUAAUUUAAAAUUUAAACAAAAGUCUUUCCACUGCGCCAAACGCGCUUGCAGCACACUGCAUGUUAUGUGCUUAGUUCCUUGUAUUACAAUAAGGUACAGUACAACCAAAUUAAUAAUGCGCAUAGAAAUCUUCGUCACUGUUCGGCAACGGUCGUAUGAUACACAUGAUAUUGACUCC